AUGUAUAUUUCCUCUUGACCUCCUAAUGUUCAUGCCAACAAUAUGCAGAAGCAAGUGGAGAUCAGAAUGCAUGAGAGUCAUCUGGAUCCUCCACCACCUGAAGAGUCCAUGUGUGGAGGCUUCUGUGACAAAAUCAUGAAGAAUCUGUUACUUACGCUCACAAUUCUUGGUGUGAUCACUGGGUCAGUAGCUGGUAUUCUACUGCGUUACGCAUCACCACUCCCCGCUGAUGUCAUUAUGGUCAUUGCCUUCCCGGGUGACAUUCUCAUGAGGAUGUUAAAAAUGGUGAUUUUGCCUCUGAUUGUCUCAAGUUUGAUCACAGGUUUAGCAGGGUUGGAUGCCAAGUCCAGUGGUCGUCUGGGCACAAGGGCCAUGGUGUAUUACAUGUCUACCACUAUCAUCGCAGCUGUGUUGGGGGUGAUCUUAGUGCUCCUCAUCCACCCUGGUAACCCCAAACUGAAGGCAAACCUAGGCGAGGGCAAAAAGAACGACGAAGUGUCCAGUUUAGAUGCCUUCUUUGAUCUCAUCAGAAAUCUGUUUCCAGAAAAUCUCGUUCAGGCUUGUUUUCAGCAGAUCCAGACAAUUUCUAACAAGGUGGAAGUAGCUCCACCUCCAAAUCCAACUCGGUUUGGACGAAAUGCUACCAAGGGGGCAGCAAAAUAUGUAAUCAAGAAGACUCUUCAGUUUAAGAGUGGCAUGAACGUUUUAGGUCUCAUUGGGUUCUUUGUGGCGUUCGGGAUUUGCAUGGGAAAGAUGGGAGAAAGAGCCAAGCUGAUGCUUGAGUUCUUCAAUGUGCUCAACGAGAUUGUUAUGAGGCUUGUCGGCAUGAUCAUGUGGUAUUCCCCCGUUGGUAUUGCUUGUCUGAUCUGUGGAAAGAUCAUUUCAAUUAAUGAUUUGGAAGUGGUGGCCAAGCAGCUGGGAAUGUACAUGGUCACUGUUAUCAUUGGACUCAUUAUUCACGGAGCCAUCUUCCUUCCCUUAAUAUAUUUUGUUAUUGUUCGGAAAAACCCAUUCACAUUCUUCAUGGGAGUUUUCCAGGCAUGGGUCACAGCUUUAGGAACAGCUUCGAGUGCUGGAACAUUACCAGUCACUUUCCGCUGUCUGGAGGAAAAUUUGGGCAUUGACAAGAGAGUGACUCGAUUUGUGUUACCUGUUGGAGCGACGAUCAACAUGGACGGUACAGCGCUUUACGAGGCCGUAGCAGCCAUCUUUAUUGCACAGAUGAACGGAAUAGAACUUGAUCCUGGUCAGAUCGUCACAGUCAGCCUUACAGCGACUCUUGCUAGCGUUGGAGCUGCCAGUAUUCCCAGUGCUGGUCUGGUGACAAUGCUCCUGAUCUUAACAGCCGUGGGACUACCGACUCAAGACAUCAGUUUAUUGGUAGCAGUCGACUGGCUCCUGGACCGCUUCCGAACAUCAGUCAAUGUGGUUGGUGACUCGUACGGGGCUGGAAUCGUGUACCACCUUUCCAAAGAUGAGCUUGACAUGUUUGAUGCGCAGCAGAUAAGGCCAGAUGACUUUGAGAUGGCCAAGACACAAUCCUUUUUUGAGAAUAACACUAACCACGGUGUAUAUGCAUCUCACAACUCCUGUCAGCCGGUCCAAAUAGAUGACUGCAAGGUAACCUUGGCCUCAAAUGGCUCCCCUGCGGAGUUCUCACUUGUUGAGGAGGAACCAUGGAUACGCGAGUAACACAGCACACAGAUCCAGCUCCGCCUUAUCCUGAGUCCCGCAAGCUUAUCCUUUCUGGUGAAAACCAAAUGCUAAUGUUGUUCAUAUAAACAGUCAGAAGUUACCACAGAACGUUUCAUAUGCACAAGCAUUGACUUUUGUAUGACAAUCUCUGUACAUCUGAUAGCCUACACAAAGAGAAGAGAACGUAGUUUGAAGUAGCGGGUGGUUCAGUCACAGACUGCGUAUUAUUUACACUCAAGGAUCACGAUAGUUAGAAUUCUAGGCCUUGGGUUGGAGGAUCAGUCUGAAACCUGCUGCCUUAAGGCUACCGCAUAGAAGGAUCGCAAUGGUGUUAUUAACCCUAGAGCACUACUAGUGGCAGGAGGAGAGAAGUGCGGCUUGUUUGCUGGAGGUACCUUUGACUGGCUUGUCUUUGGUGGAUUAACCCUUGGUGGCGGUACUCCAGAUCAGCCUCUUAUAAGAGCUUACCAAUGUACUUAGAGGUUCUGAAAUAGUGGUUUGCCUCCAAAUGCUGCCACUUAUUUUUAGAUGCUACCCAACGCAAAUGCCACGUCAGCAAUUACAGAGCAAUCAGACAUCGAGUAUGACAUUGACGCUAUCUGCAAGGACGGUUAAUAUCCCGUUUACUGGAGUGAAUAGUUUGCAUUCAAACAUUAAUAAGUCUCCACGCGUGUUUAUGUUUGAGGGAAGGGACUUGCUUGUGUGUAGGUUUUGUGUGUAUCUGUGUGCUUUGUUAAGUUGUUGAUUUAUUUAUGUGUUUAUUUGCUAAGUUACAAUCUUGCCUUGAAGAUAUCAACUGCAAACUGCAGACAGAAGACUUUUUGACAUUAAUAUUAAAUGCAAUCCCGUUUUCUUGGAUCUUAGACCACUAAUAGUGUUUGAACCUCUGGGGAGCCUUCUUGGAUACUCAGAUAUUAAGUCCAGUUCAAUGGAUUCUAUAUUCACGCUGAUAAGAGAGGCCCUCAAGUUAUUUGGUGCUCAGGUUGUUAGCAUGUAACGGAAAAGAGAUGGCAGAAUUGAGAUCUAUCAUUACAUCUCCA